UGGAGCAGAACGGGCCGGGUCGAGAAUUGCCGCUCUGAACAAAAGCUAAAACCAAAGGCUGUGACUGCGAUGAUAAUCAUUUUAUCCAUGUUUUGAAGACCCCAAUGGAGAAGGAGAAGGAGAAGCUCUUGCUCGAGUGAACGAAGACAACAUGUCUUUGUUCAAAUCCUUCGCUGCAAACUCUUCCGCACUCAAACACAGGGACGCCAAGAUGGCUUUGAUGCAAACCUCCCCAUAUAUGAUGGUUUUAUCACAAAGAACUUGCUCAUCUUUUAGGAAAACCACUUCUGUCAGCUCAUGUUAUUUCAGAAGAAGCCCUUCAGUCAAAGUCCUCUCUCUCUUAAACAUGACACAGUACUCUACUUAUUCCAGUGAUGAAUUCUGUUCUUCCUCAAAGCGAAGAUCUCGAGGACCUGUCAUGGCAGCAAAGAAAGCAUCUGAAGGGGCAAAGCAAGAAGAUGGAAAGUACAAGCACACAGUUGAUCUGCCAAAGACGACAUUUAGCAUGAGAGCAAACUCUUUGGUCAGGGAGCCUGAAAUUCAGAAAAUAUGGGAUGACAAUCAGGUGUACAAGAGAGUUGUGGAUAGAAAUAAUGGGGGAAGUUUUGUUCUUCAUGAUGGUCCUCCAUAUGCCAAUGGUGAUCUUCACAUGGGGCAUGCACUAAAUAAGAUUUUGAAGGAUAUAAUCAAUCGUUAUAAGCUUCUUCAAAACUACAAAGUUCAUUAUGUGCCUGGGUGGGAUUGUCAUGGGCUACCUAUUGAGUUGAAAGUUCUGCAGUCACUGGAUCAAGAUGCCAGAAAGGAUCUCACACCAUUAAAGUUGAGAGCAAAGGCGGCUAAAUUUGCCAAACAAACUGUUCAAAAUCAGAUGGCAUCAUUUAAGCGGUACGGAGUAUGGGCAGACUGGAGUAAUCCCUAUCUAACUCUUGAUCCAGAAUAUGAAGCUGCCCAGAUUGAAGUGUUUGGCCAGAUGGCCAUUCAAGGGUAUAUCUACCGUGGCAGGAAACCAGUUCACUGGAGUCCUUCAUCACGAACUGCUCUUGCAGAGGCCGAGUUGGAGUAUCCUGAGGGGCAUGUUUCUAGAAGCAUAUAUGCCAUUUUCAGAUUAGUAAAUGCUCCUCCAACUUCAAGUAGCUUAUUAGAAGAAUUUUUCCCAGAUUUAUGCUUGGCAAUAUGGACUACAACUCCCUGGACUUUUCCAGGCAAUGCUGCUGUCGCAGUGAGUGCCAAGCUUCAAUAUGCCAUCGUUGAAGUACAGUCACUCUCAGGAGAUGUUUCUUUGUCUGCUGGAAAUAAAAAACGAAGGCUUGGAAAUAUUCUUAAGGAAUCAAAGAAGCCUUUCCUUAUUGUAGCUUCAGAUCUUGUGCCAACAUUAGAAGCAAAAUGGGGAGUGAAGCUUAUCGUUAAAAAACUACUAUUGGGCUCAGAUCUUGAAAACUGCAGGUAUAUCCAUCCAAUAGAUAACAGAGAAUGUCCUGUUGUCAUUGGAGGAGAUUAUAUUACAACAGAGUCAGGAACUGGACUGGUCCAUACUGCUCCUGGACAUGGUCAGGAGGAUUAUGUGACUGGCCUUAAGUAUGGACUGCCUGUACUUUCUCCUGUAGAUGAUGAUGGAAAGUUUACUGAAGAAGCUGGACAAUUUUGUGGGCUUGAUGUACUUGGGGAUGGUAAUGUUGCUGUUGUGAAAUACCUGGAUGAACAUUUGUCAAUUGUCAUGGAAGAAUCAUAUGAACAUAAGUAUCCAUAUGAUUGGCGAAGCAAAAAGCCUACAAUAUUUAGGGCAACAGAGCAGUGGUUUGCAUCAGUGGAAGGGUUUCGUGAGGCUGCUAUGAAUGCAAUUGGUGAUGUAAAAUGGAUUCCUCCGCAGUCAGAAAACAGAAUUUCUACAAUGACUUCUAGCCGCUCUGAUUGGUGUAUAUCGCGACAAAGGACAUGGGGCGUGCCCAUUCCAGUCUUUUAUCAUAUGCAAUCGAAGGAACCUCUUAUGAAUGAAGAGACAAUCAAUCAUAUCAAGACUAUUAUAGCCCAAAAGGGUAGUGAUGCAUGGUGGUACAUGACGGUAGAAGAUCUUCUCCCUGAGAAAUAUCGUGAAAAAGCAUCAGAUUAUGAGAAGGGGACUGAUACUAUGGAUGUAUGGUUUGAUUCAGGCUCUUCUUGGGCUGCAGUCGUGGGCAAAAGAAAUGGCCAUAGUUUUCCUGCAGACUUGUACCUUGAAGGCACCGAUCAGCAUCGCGGGUGGUUCCAAAGUUCUCUGUUAACAAGUGUCGCUACAAUAGGAAAGGCUCCAUAUGACAGUGUUAUAACACAUGGAUUUGUAUUGGAUGAGAAAGGUUUGAAGAUGAGCAAAUCUUUGGGUAAUGUUGUAGAUCCACGUGCUGUGAUCGAAGGAGGAAAAAAUUCAAAGGAAGCACCUGGCUAUGGAGCUGAUGUCCUGCGACUUUGGGUUUCUAGUGUAGAUUAUACAGGUGAUGUGACGAUUGGCCCUCAAGUCCUCCGUCAAAUGUCUGACAUUUAUAGGAAGCUCCGUGGAACAUUGAGAUACCUCUUGGGGAAUCUGCAUGACUGGAGGGCUGAUUAUGCUGUUCCAUACCACAAUCUUCCAAUGAUUGAUCAGCAUGCGCUGUUUCAGCUUGAAAAUUUUACAAUGAACAUUAAAGUGGGCUAUGAGAAAUAUCAAUUCUUUAAAAUAUUUCAGAUCAUACAACGAUUUGUCAUUGUUGACCUAUCAAAUUUCUAUUUUGAUGUUGCGAAAGAUCGACUUUAUGUUGGGGGCACAACAAAUUUUACAAGGAGAAGUUGUCAAACAGUUCUCGCAGCACAUCUGCUUUCUAUUGUGAGAGUAAUUGCUCCACUUUUGCCCCAUUUGGCUGAGGAUGUAUGGCAAAACCUUCCCUUUCGUUAUACCACAGAAGAUGGUUCUAUUGCUGAAUUUGUUUUUGAAUCAAGCUGGCCAACCCAGAAUGAAACAUGGCUUGCUUUUCCUACCAAAGAAAUUGACUUCUGGGAAAAAGUUCUCGAGCUGCGAAAUGAGGUGAAUAAAGUCCUAGAGGUUGCUCGUAGUGAGAAACUGAUUGGUUCCAGUUUAGACGCAAAGGUUUAUCUCCAGACAUCCGAUGCCAGCCUGGCAUCUAGAUUGUUUGAGAUGUGUGCGGCAAACAAUGAUGCAGACACAUUGCAUCGCAUAUUUAUAACAUCUCAGGCAGAGGUUCUUCCCUCUUUAGAGAAUGAACUGAUUUCGGGCAUACCAUUCAGUGGAGAGUGCCUCAUUCAAGGACACAGCAGGGUUUGGAUUGGCGUGUCUCGUGCUGAGGGCUCUAAGUGUGAAAGAUGCUGGAAUUUUUCACCCCGAGUUGGUUCUUUUCCGGCGCACCCCACCCUUUGCAGCCGCUGCUAUAAUGUGGUUGGUGUUCAACCACUUCCAGCUGUAGCAGUUACAAGCUGAGAUCUGGAGAGCUGCAAAAAAAUUUAUCUAGCCGACACUAGAUUUGACUUGGCCAAUUCAAAUCUUGGAGCUGCAAGUAUUUCAAUUUCACUUUACCGUUCGAUUAUUUGAUUCGACCAGUAUGGUCUUUUCUGGCUUCCAAUACAGCAAGCAAAGAUCCAGUUUUGGCAGGAAUGAAUUUAAAAAAAUUGAUACUAUAUGGACACUAGACUCGUAUGCGUACAAAUCCGUCAUGCAUAUACAAUCAUUUGUAGCUGAUGAUAAUAAAAUUACUGAGCAAUAGAUGAAUAAUAUAUAUAU